UUAGUUAAACAACAAGUAGAUGAAUGACAGAUAAAUAAUGAAUAAGAGAUACAGUCAAAAACACGUGCACAUGCUGCAUGCUAUUUCACAUCGAUGUGUACGCAUCAGUCGCACAAGAUCUACUGAGGCCUGAAGCUCGAGAAGGUAUAGCUGCCUAUAGCGCUUGCGUUUACAUAAUUGGAGAGCGAAAUAUAUCUAUAUAGUUUCGUUAUUACGCUCAAUUUACUUAUUUCGUGAAAUGUGUUUUAAGUAUAGCACAUAUCGAUACUUCCACAUUGUUCGGUGCAUCUACAGUAACAUCUAUUUUUCAAUGUAUAAUAAAGGAAAAUGAUAGCAAAUUAUUAAAUUAUUUUUUCUCUUGUCUCGUCUUAAUAAUAGUAAAGAGACAGUAGAAUUUUGUUAAAAAAGAAAAAAUUCAGUAUUUGUCGGAAAAUUGGUCGAACGUUUUUUUGACAAAGCUGCUCCGUUCGUCGCGCAGAAUGGUAUUUGUUGGCGAACGCUGUUAUAAGAUUCAUCGAAUUAUGUUUAUGGCUAUGGGAUUAUGGCCGUAUCAGAAACUAUUCAUCUGGCGAAUGCAAGCAGUUUUUUUCUUCAUUGCAUAUUGCUGCAAUAUAUUUUGUCAGUUUACAGCGUUUCUAACGACAACGUGUAACACGGAUUGUAUUCUAAAAAGAUUUUCUUAUAUCUCCAUAGAUUGUGUUUAUGCUAUGAAUUACUAUUCUUUCUAUUUCAAUUCUGAAUCUAUAAAGCAAAUGUUGGAACAUAUACAGUUGGAUUGGAAAAUGUUUGAAAAUAGUGACACAAUUAAAAUAUUUGAAGAAUAUCUCUUUGUAUCGUAUGUUUUCGCAGUAUUUGGGUGUACAAUUGUGUUUAUGUGUGUAUUUGUAUUUACGGUUAUUGAAUGUAGUCCCGUCAUUCUUGAUGUUAUCAUACCGAUGAAUGAAUCCCGACCACGUAAAUUUGAAAUUGAUUUGGAAAUUUUUGUCGAUAAAGAGCAAUAUUUCUUUUUGUAUAUUAUGGAAGAGGUGCUAUUAUUAGGGAUUGGCUUGUGUACGGUAAUUACGACUGGGACGUUCUUGGCUACGCUAGGAGAACACUGUUGUGCAACAUAUAGAAUUGCAAGUUGUUUAAUAGAAAAUACGGUGACCAUCCAUACGUUGGCAAUUCCUGUUGACCGAAAAAUACAAUUCAUGCAUCGGAGCAUUUGUAUUUCAGUUUACAUUCAUAGAAGAACGAUGGAGUUCAUCAAACGCAUGUUACUUGCAUUUGAUUUGUGGUAUUUUCCGUUACUUUUAAUUGGUGUACUCUCUUUAAGUUGCCUUCUCUUUCGCCUAUACCUUGCUAUAAUAAAGGCCAAUGAUUGGUAUGAUAUCUUGGUGUGCUGUGUGGUUUUGUAUGGUUAUUUACUAUAUAUGUUUGUGGCAAAUUUUCUUGGACAAUCUUAUACUGAACACAGUGCAGAACUAUUAGAAUCUACGUAUAAUAGUCUUUGGUAUGUAGCACCAUUACCGAUCCAAAAAUUAUUCUUAAUUAUGCAAACAGCUAUAAAGGGCCAUAAGAUAGUGGUGGGUGGUCUUUUUACUUUGUCCAUAGAAGGAUUUUCUACGGUAAAUGUUAAGAUUAGGAGCGACUUCAUCGAUUUAGGCCGAUUUGCCAAGAGUGUGAAUCAUGCUGUUCUGCUCACACCAAUAACUAUAGGGUGUGCAAGAAAGCAUGAUUAAAGCUCGUGGUUCACGUCCUGUGGGAACUCGGCCUUAUUUUGUUAAUAACUUCUUAGUAAACAAGAAACGACGGCAGGAACUGUUCGCAAAUUAGUCAGAUGUUCUUGACAAUAUGUAUCAAGAUCAUUGAAAUCGCCAAAAAUAAUUGAAACGGUAAAGUCGCCUCUAAUAAUUAACAUUUACUACGUUUUAAUGAUUAUUAUCGAUACAAAAGAAAAUUUUCGUUUCAGCUUAUAACUUCGGCUGUAUCAUAUUUUACUGUUAUACACGCUAUGUAUUUGUGAUCAUGCAAUGAUGACGAAAUAUCGAAGUAGAUGUAACUAUUGUGUGUAAGCAUAUUUGCCUACAAAUAAUUGUUCGUACAUACAAAGAUAAGUGAUAAAAAAUUUUCUGAGU